AUGGGCAUAUCACGCAAGCUUAAUUUGUGGCGUGAGGCAUGGGCAGGCAGCAAACUAAAACAGAAGAAGAAGAACGUGGAAGAAAGUGGCGGCAAAAAGAAAAACUGGAAGCACAAACUAGGGAAGAAAAGGCGUGACGCAGAAAACUAUGAAGCAGCGGCAAGCAAAAAAAAGAAACGGGAGAAGAAACAAGCAGAAAACUCAGAAAGGAAAAGAAAUAAAAAUCUGGGAAGAGCAGGAAACAGGGAGGGCAUUCAGCAAGAAAAGGAAACAACAAAGAGAGAGCAAAAAAAGGGAGAGAAGAGAGGCUGGAACGUGAGAUUGAAACGUGAAACAAGGGAGAGUGAAGAAGCAAACUGCAGCGAGAAGAAAAAGCAAAGAAAAAUCAAAGUCUGUUAG